AUGCAUAGAGUAGCAUUUUCCGCUGGCCGUUCGGUCAAUGCUGCCACCAAGAUUUCGAGUUUGAGGACUUUUGCAUCAGUGAGCUCUGCUACCAGAAACCACAAAGUUGUUGUCGUCGGUGGUGGAUCUGCUGGUCUAGCAAUCAGUCACCAGUUGCUUCGUACUGGAAAGUUCACACAGGACGAUAUUGCCAUCGUGGACCCUUCAUCCUACCAUGAUUACCAGCCUGGAUGGACACUAGUUGGUGGUGGCCUCAAGACAAAGGAGGAACUGAGGAAGCCCAUGAGCAGUCUUGUGGACCCAAAGCUCAAGCUGUACAACCAAGGAGUCAACACAUUCGCUCCCGAGGAGAAUCUGGUCACUCUUGGCAAUGGCGACAAAGUGGGAUACGAGCACCUGGUUGUGGCACCUGGCAUCGGUAUCAAGUACGACAACAUCAAGGGACUGCCUGAAGCACUGGCAGAUCAGUCAUCGCCUGUCUCGACUAUCUACGGCUACGAAACUUGUGACAAGGUCUUCCGCAACAUCAAGGAGUUCCGCGGUGGUGAAGCCUUGUUCACCCUUCCUACUGGCGUUGUGAAGUGCGCUGGUGCACCCCAAAAGGCAAUGUGGCUUGCUCUGGACCACUGGAAGAAGGCCGGUCUCUACGACCCCAGCAAUGUCGCCAACUCGCCCAUCAAGAUCAGCUUUGCAACCGCUCUGCCAGUUAUGUUUGGUGUUCCCAAGUACAGCGCUACUUUGGAGGAGUUGCGCAAGGAGCGUGGUGUCGAGGCCAUGUUCCAGCACGAUCUGGUCGAGGUCAACGGUGACAAGGCCAUUUUCGCUCGUCUAGACGGCAGCGAGGAGAAGGUCUCCAAGCGCUUCGACUUGCUCCACGUUGUCCCCAAGAUGGGACCUCACGCUUUCAUCAAGGACAGUCCUUUGGCAAACGCAGCAGGUUUCGUCGAUGUUGAAGACGCCACCCUGCGUCACAAGAAGUUUGCCAACGUCUGGUCGGCAGGCGAUGCAUCUUCGUUGCCUACUGCCAAGACCGCUGCGGCCGUCACUUCUCAGGCUCCCGUGUUGGUGCAGAACAUGCUCCAGUCUAUCGAGGGCAAGGAGUUGAAUGCCGCCUAUGAUGGAUACACAUCUUGCCCUCUAUUGACCGAGUACGGCAAGGUUCUGCUGGCCGAAUUCAAGUACGGCGGACAGCCCAAGGAGACAUUCGCCAAGUUUGGCGUUGAUCAGGCUGUUCCCCGUCGGGCCUUCUACCACCUGAAGAAGGACUUCUUCCCGUGGGUGUACUACAACAACAUGGUCAAGGGUACUUGGGGCGGACCCAAGGGCUGGGUCUGGUAA